ACCGACAGCAUAAUACCAGGGUCAUUCUUACUAUGCAAUACAUUUCCAUGUACCCAUUGUGUAUGUCUUAAUAUAGCCUAUUGGAUAAAGUAGGCAUAUUAACCUGAAUUUUUAUAAAUGAAAAAUCAUUAGUUAGCCUUCUGAACACGGAAUGAAUUUUAACCAAUUUCGCUCAUCUGCUUUGCUGAGCAACUACUGGGCGGCGCCAUGAUUAUUCUGAUUGCAUUUUUUCUGUUUCUGGUCUCGAGACACAAUGUUAAAACGACAGAAAAGAGCGAUCCAGAUGGAGAACAACAACCAUUUAAGUAUUAUUUGGAGUAAAAAAUGAAUUUCAGGCUCAACUUGUGCAGUUGCUGGUUGUCAUUACAGCACAAAGUAGUUAAUGAUAUCAACAUAACUUGGAACAUUGCUUCAUGACAUCUACACACGUUUAAGUCCUUUUUUACAGUAAAUCUACACCUUCGCAUUCAGCCUGGUUGGGGUUGGUCAAAGGUGCAGAUUUAUGGUAAAAAUAAAUAAAAAUAAAAUAAAAAGGAUUUAAAUAUUGAUCUGUUUCUCACCCUCACCUAUCAUAUCGCUUCUAUGGAUUAAACCACUGGAGUCGUAUGGAUUAAUUUUAUGCUGCCUUUAUAUACUUUUUGGAUCUUUUGAGUUCUGGUCACAGUUUGAUUUGCAUUGUAUGGACCUACAGAGCUGAGAUAUUCUUCUAAAAAUCUUUGUGUUCAGCAGAAGUAAGUCAUACACAUCUGGGAUGGCAUGAGGGCUGAAAUAAUUAUGGGUUCACUUGGGAGCCGGUUUCAGUCGUCACCCCGGGGCCCGGAGGAAGCCGCGGAGAGGCAGUGUGCUGGAAACAGGCACGGUUGUAAGUGCAGGAAGAGGAAACGCAGCUCUCAUUGUGAGUGUGACAGUGAGCCAGAGGAAGAGGACAGUCAGCUGGACACACCACGCAGAAAGAAGUUAAAAAGCACCUCUAAGUAUAUCUACCAGACACUUUUUCUGAAUGGAGAGAACAGCGACAUCCAGAUCCGUGCCCUGGGGCAAGAGUGGAACCUGCACAAAAUUUACUUGUGUCAGUCAGGCUAUUUCUCCAGCAUGUUCAGUGGAUCCUGGAAGGAAUCCAACAUGAUGGUCAUAGAGCUCGAGAUCCCAGACCAGAACAUUGACACAGAGGCCCUACAAGUGGUUUUUGGGUCACUGUACAGGGAUGACGUAUUGAUCAAACCAAGCCGGGUCGUGAACAUUCUCGCUGCGGCUUGCAUGCUCCAACUGGAUGGACUGAUCCAUCAGUGUGGAGAGACCAUGAAGGAGAACGUGAACGUGAAGACCGUUUCCAGCUAUUAUAAUGCCGCCACCAUGUACGGCUUGGACUCCGUCAUGAAGAAGUGUUUAGAGUGGCUCCUCAAUAACCUCAUGACUCAUCAGAACGUGGACCUAAUGAAGGAGCUUGGGGUGGAAAUGAUGGAACUGCUCAUUCAGUCCUCUGAUCUGUUUGUAAUGCAAGUGGAGAUGGACGUUUACACCGCACUGAAAAAGUGGAUGUUUUUGCAGCUUAAUCCAUCGUGGGACGGCCCUAUUAAACAGCUUCUGCUCGAUGCAGAUGCCUGGCUUUGUAAAAGAAGAAGUGAGUCUGGAGAGGAGGAACCAUUUCUGAACACAGAUGAUGGGAUACCCUUCGUCCCUGUUUUCAGACACAUCCGCCUGCAGUACAUCAUCAAUGACCUGGCAUCUGCCCGUAUGCUGGAACGAGACAACAUUCUGCCUCCGGAGUGGCUGAGCACUGUGUACAAAAAGCAGUGGUUUGCCAUGCUGAGGACAGAACAUGAAAAUGAUAACGGACCUCAAGAUGCCAAUAAAGAGGAGUUUGAGCUGAACAGCAUGCGCUGUGGCCGAAAACUGAUCAAGGAUGGAGAUUACUGUUGGCGAUGGACAGGGUUCAAUUAUGGCUUUGACCUGUUGGUGACCUACACUAACCGCUUCAUUAUCUUUAAAAGAAACACUCUCAGUCAGCCAUGUGGGGGCGCUGUUAGUUUACAGCCACGACGGCACCUUGCGUACCGAUUGCGGCUUGCGUCAUUUGAUCAAAAUGGAAAAGUGGUUUGCAGCCGGUCAACUGGCUACCAGCUUGUUACUCUUGAAAAGGACCAGGAAUACGUGGUGAUGAAUCUGGACAGUCGGCUCUUGUCUUUUCCUCUAUAUGUGUGCUGUAACUUCCUCUACACGUCACCGUCCAAUGAGAGGAGAGGUGAGACACCAGAGCCAGAGAGUAGCGCGCGCAGCGUGUCAUGACAUAAACCACCAUAACCAGUCCAGCCUUUAACGGAGCCUUCUUUUUAUGUUACAUUUUGUCAGCCUCUGAUGUAUAUUAUUCUUUUUUUUUUUUAAUAUAUAUCUUUUUUGUUUUUGUAAAUAGUCAGGUGCCUUUUAAAUAAUUUGCUAAAUUCCAACAUCAAAGAGCCAAAUCUGACAAAGUCUACAGAAAAGCUCUUUGUCAAGUUUUUUUCCCCUGCGCAUUUGUUUGUUUGUAUUUGUUUGUCAUUACAAAGUUAUUUUUCUUGUUAGGCUGGUUGUUGAUUUGUUAGGCAUUCCCAUAUUUUUAAAGAGAGAGAGAAAAAAAAAAGACUGAAUACCAUAAUAAUCAAUUUUGUACUGUUAAAAAUUGUUCAAAUUGGUGCUAACUUCACAUUUUUGUUGUUGUUAUUUGUCAAUGCAUGUUAAUGUAGGAGAACCAAGGGUCUAAUGGGCAUGUGUUGGUUUUGAACAAAAGGGCAUUUAAUAGGCUUCCAUAGAAGUUCAAUGAAGCAGAACAGUUUUGAGUAUUUAUACACAAUGUGUUUUUGGCUAAAUGUAAACCUUUUUGGACCAAAGUAUCAAAGGAUAGAAAUCCUAAGUCCAAUAAAACCACAUUGACAAACA